AGCGAGCCAGUCGUACUCCACGCGCAGACCAGCGGGCUGUUGUAGAGGGGUUAUGCAUGCCCUUAGACAUGAGUUACUUCCGCCGAGCGGUGUGGAGUUUGCUAUUGCCCUCAAGUUGACACCAUCUACGGCGUCAAAGCAUGACACUUCCUCUUUUUUGAACAUUGUCACCGCAAGAUCUAACAUUCUCCGUGUAUAUGAGGUCCGACACCAACCGUUGGUUACACCAAAUCAUGUCGACAGUGAACGUGAAAGGCGCGCACAAACUCGCAAGGGCACUGAGCCUGUGGAAGGAGAGGUUGAGAUGGACAACGGGGGUGAAGGCUGGGUCAACUUAGGCCCCCUGAAAACUGAUGGCAGGCAGGAUGCUGCUACGGCGCCUCGUUUCUAUUUUAUCAAGGAGCAUGCCGUCUACGGUACCAUAACUGGCAUGGAGAAAGUUCGCACCAUCUCUUCCAAUGAAGACCAACUCGACCGACUUUUAGUAUCAUUCAAAGAUGCCAAGAUAGCUUUAUUAGAAUGGUCCGAGAGUACACAUGAUCUAGUGACCGUAUCCAUCCACACUUAUGAAAGGGCGCCUCAGCUCGCGGCCCUUGAUAGUGCACUAUUUCAACCUACGCUCCGCGCCGAUCCGUUGUCGCGUUGCGCUGCCCUUUCCCUUCCAAAGGAUUCGAUCGCAAUCCUACCCUUCUAUCAGACUCAGGCAGAACUUGACCUUGUAGAACAAGAUCUGAAUCUGGCAAGAGAUCUGCCAUAUUCACCCAGUUUCAUCCUAGAUUUUGUUGGGGAUGUUGAUCCUGAUUUGCGCAAUGUGGUCGACUUUGUAUUUUUGCCUGGAUACAACAAUCCAACCGUAGCGGUGCUGUGUCAAGCGGAGAAGACUUGGGUGGGGCGUCUAAAGGAAUACAGGGAUACCGCCAAGCUUUACAUUUUCACGUUGGAUUUGCUCAAUCACACUUACCCAGUGAUAACGACAGUAGAGGGCCUCCCUUACGACUGCACCUCCCUUCUUCCCUGCGCAGUACCUCUUGGUGGUGUAGUCAUCGUGACGAGCAAUGCGUUAAUACACGUCGACCAGGCUGCUCGUCGGGUCGCGCUUCCCGUAAAUGGCUGGGCCAUCCGAGUCAGCGAUAUGCCUAUGCUUCCAUUGGGAAAAGAUUUGGAUUUGACUUUGGAAAGCAGUCGUCUUGUGUUUGUGGACGAGAAAAAUUUCUUUGUCAUUCGCAAAGACGGGAUGAUUCACUCAGUGGAAAUCGUGUCUGACGGUCGGACAGUCUCAAAGUUAACGAUAUCCUCUACCCUCGCGCAGACUACGAUUCCAUCCGUUGCGUGUCAAUUGGGUAACGAGCUUCUAUUCGUUGGUAGUACUGCUGGCCCGUCAGUUCUACUGAAGACGCAUCGGGUCGACGAAGAGCUCCCGUGCGGGGCCCGGGAGAGUGAUGCUUCAGCUGCAGUUGUUGAUACUCAUACCUCAAUGGACAUUGAAGAUGAAGAUGACUUGUAUGGCGAGCCGAAAGUCGUAACACAAGCAGCUCCAAAUUGUACCAUUUCUGGAGGACCAACUUCUCGUAUCCGCUCUGUCAUUCACGUAUCAUUUUGCGACUCGCUCCCUGCAUAUGGUCCGAUAUCUGACCUGACGUUCUCUUUAUCGAAAGUCGGGGAACGACACAUACCAGAGCUCGUUGCUGCUACAGGAAGCGGGCACUUAGGUGGAUUCACGCUGUUCCAGCGCGAUCUUCCGGUGAGAGUUAAGCGAAAACUCCACGUACUCGGAGGUGCCCGUGGCAUGUGGUCUUUUCCCGUUCGUCAGUCACAUCGAGUCAACGGGACGUCCUAUGAGAAGGUAGUGAAUCCCUUUGUUCCUGAGCGCGACACAGUAAUCAUUAGCACGGACGCCAAUCCUUCUCCCGGUGUGUCGAGGGUGGCUACUCGGGCGGCGAAAACGGAGCUGGCCAUCCCAACACGUGUCCCUGGCACAACGGUCGGCGCGGGUCCCUUCUUUCACCGCACCGCAAUUUUGCACGUCAUGACGAACGCUAUCCGUGUCCUGGAGCCUGAUGGGACAGAAAGACAAAUCAUUAAAGAUAUGGAUGGCAACAUGCCCCGAGCAAAAAUUAAGGCGUGCAGCAUCUGCGACCCCUUCGUGUUCAUUCUACGAGAGGAUGAGACCAUCGGAUUAUUCAUUGGUGAAUCCGAGCGGGGGAAAGUACGCCGGAAGGAUAUGUCACCGAUGGGCGAAAAGGCGUCCCGUUACCUCGCGGGAUGUUUCUUUACGGAUUACAACGGCAUCUUUGAGUUAGCUACUACCGACAUAGAUCCCAACCACGACCGAAGUGCGACUACGACGCUUCAAGCAGCAGUCAGUGCUGGGAGCCACAGUCAGUGGUUGGUUCUUGUAAGGCCACAGGGAACUAUGGAGAUAUGGUCAUUGCCGAAGCUCAACCUCGUGUUCUCUUGCCAUGCGAUUAGCGGGCUGGAUGCAAUAUUAACAGACUCGUAUGAAGGACCAGCCCUAUCGUUGCCGCAGGAUCCACCAAGAAAACCCCAGGAUCUUGACAUUGAUCAAAUUCUCCUCACCUGUCUAGGCGAAUCGGCACCCGCACUGCAUCUUUUCGUUUUCAACCGCUUCGGUAGUCUAGUUGUCUAUGAAAUGCUACCGACAUCCGCGCUGCCUGACAUGACCUCUCCUCCGAAUGGAAGAGUGUCUUUCUUGAAAGCAAAGUUCAGCAAAGUUGCGACCAGACAUUUUGAGCUUUCAAGACAGGAUGAAACUGAAAAAACUGUUCUAGCAGAACAGAAACGGAUAUCUAGGGUGUUUGUUCCUUUCAUUACAUCACCCAACCCAAAUCAGACGCUGUUCGGCGUUUUCUUCACUGGCGACCGUCCAAGUUGGAUAAUCGGCACUGACAAGGGUGGUGUGAAUAUAUUCCCUUCUGGCCAUGGAGUUGUGCACGCAUUCACCGCAUGUUCACUCUGGGAUUCAAAAUCGGAGUUCCUCGUUUAUUCCGAUGAGGGUCCGAGUCUACUGGAGUGGCUUCCGGACAUCGCACUCGAUGCACGCCUCCCUAAGCGAUUCGUUCCUAGAUCCCGAGCGUACUCCAAUGUGGUUUUUGAACCAAGUUCAUUACUUAUUGUGGCGGCAUCAUCGCUACAAGCCAGAUUCACGUCGUAUGACGAAGAUAACAAUAUCACCUGGGAGCCGGACGGUAAUUUCACUGAUACACCCUUCCAUCUACAAGACUUAUUACGCUUAGAUGUGGGAAUUUCUUUGCCCUGCUGCGACUGUUCCACAUUAGAGUUGAUCUCACCUGAUGGUUGGGUGACUAUGGAUGGAUAUGAGUUUGCUCCGAACGAAUAUGUCAACGCGCUGGAAUGCAUAACACUCGAAACCCUGAGUACUGAAACAGGGGCGAAGGAAUUCCUUGCAGUUGGAACGAGUAUCGACCGUGGUGAGGACCUUGCCGUGAAAGGCGCGACGUAUAUUUUCGAAGUUGUCGAGGUCGUGCCUGACCCUUCGUCCAGUUAUCAACGGUGGUAUAGACUCAAACUACGAGUUCGUGAUGAUGCAAAGGGUCCUGUCACAGCACUUUGCGGCAUCAAUGGGUACCUCGUCUCCUCCAUGGGACAAAAGGUGUUCAUCCGAGCAUUCGACCUUGACGAACGUCUCGUCGGCGUCGCAUUCUUAGAUGUUGGCGUCUACGUUACAAGCCUCCGGUCCCUCAAGAACCUGUUACUAAUAGGAGAUACAGUCAAGAGUGUAUGGCUUGUAGCGUUUCAGGAGGAUCCCUACAAGCUUGUCAUCCUCGGAAAGGAUUUGCGCCAAGCCUGUAUAACUGAUGCUGAGUUCUUUUUCACCAACAAUGAGCUCGCGAUCGCCACCCACGAUGAGGAAGGCGUUUUGCGUUUGCUGUCGUAUGACCCGACAGAUCCCGAUUCCAAUGGCGGUCAGCAUUUGAUGUGCCGCGCGGAGUUUCACGUGCAUAAAGAGUCUCGUUGCUCCAUUGUCGUUGCUCGGAGAACAAAGGAAGAGCCGGAAAUACCACAGUCACGACUAAUCAACGGUUUUAACGAUGGUUCAUUAUCUGUGCUUACCCCUGUCGAUGAAACAAUUCUUAAGCGUCUACACCUCCUCCAAGGCCAAUUAUCCCGCAACAUCCAACACGUUGCGGGGCUAAAUCCAAAGGCUUACCGGAUUGUGCGCAACGACACCAUUUCAAAGCCGCUCUCAAGAGGCAUCUUGGAUGGACAGCUGUUACAAGCUUUUGAAGAACUUGGGAUUUCGAGGCAGAACGAGAUGACACGUCAGAUUGGCACAGAACGUACCACAGCUCUCCACGAUUGGAUUUCACUUGCGAUGCCAUGGUAGCAAGCAAGCACCUUACACCCAUUGUAGUUCAACGGGGGUCUUGCCACUGAUGGGAGGUUUACUGUUUCCAGACAUAUCACAUCAUCCGUGAAGCGCAGUUUUUUUUCUUCCGUUGCUGAAUUACAUUUUUGUCUCUCUGAUGGGGGUAGCAUGCAACGCAACAACAAUAGUAGCGGAUUAU